AUGAGUGGAAGAGGUAAGACCGGUGGAAAGGCCCGCGCAAAGGCGAAGACUCGAUCCUCCAGAGCUGGACUGCAGUUCCCCGUCGGUCGUGUUCACAGGCAUCUCCGCAAAGGUAAUUAUGGUAAGCGCGUUGGUGCCGGUGCUCCGGUUUAUUUGGCCGCUGUACUUGAGUAUCUCACCGCUGAGAUCCUGGAGCUGGCUGGGAAUGCGGCUCGGGAUAACAAGAAGACCCGUAUCAUCCCCCGUCACCUGCAACUGGCGGUCCGCAACGACGAGGAACUCAACAAGCUUCUGGGCGGCGUGACCAUCGCUCAGGGCGGCGUGCUACCCAACAUCCAGGCCGUGCUACUGCCCAAGAAGACCGAGAAACCAGUCAAGACCAAGUAAACCAAGCGACGUUU